AUGAUUAGGAAAACGGAAAGGUAGAAGGACGGAUCGAGGGAAGAGAAAAAGAGGAGAGUAGCGAAAACGAAGGGAAAGGGGUGGGCGGAAAAGGCGAAGAACGAGGACGAUAAUUGACAUAAAUAAAGUAGGAAACGCGGAGAGGAAAACGAGACGGAGAAGAGGAAGAGAGGAGAGACGGAAGAGGAAGAAGAGAAGGGACCUUUGGACGAUGGAGGGGAUCGACGUCGUUUCAGUCGUCCUCCCGGAUGUGCAGCAUCAUUACACGGCAUUCUUCGAGGCUGCGAGAUCUCCCUUUCUUUCUUCCUUCGGCCGAUGCGUUGACGUAACCGAUGCGCGACAAAGCAAAUUCCUCUUCCGAAGACGCGAAACGCUCGGAAUUCUGAUCGGUCUGGUUUCAACUGUGUACUCUGAACGGCUGUUGUAACGAAGGGUAUUUUCAAAACCACCGAUCCUUUCAUGCACGUCGCUUCGUACGUUUGCGAGCGAGCCAGCCUUCGAGCCUGUAAAACUAAGCGACUUUGACUCUGUAAAGAAUAACUUGAAACGUCGUUCGAACGUCGUUACGCGUUACCACGUGUACCGUGCGUUUGUUCAAAAGGUAGAACGAAGUUCAUCUUUGGCCCGAUCGUGUCCGAAGCCCGAGUCAGUCUUGGUAGUUAUCUCGAGUUUCUUUGCAAUUCGUUUUCCCUGCCAAUUGCUCCGAUUUUCUACCAUGUACACGCACGACCCUCUCGCCAAUCUGCCUCCACUGAUACGCUAUUUAUAUUCUCCUUCCCUCCGUUUGUCAUUUUCUCGCUCUCCCUCGAGAGUUUCAUCUUUCCGUGGUAUUUUAUAUCGCGAGACGUACACGACACGCGCGAUUUCGCCAAAUAUCGGCAGAUAUCGCGCGAUACCUGCGGCUGGCGACGCAAUCUCGCUGGCGUAGAAAUAUCAAGUUGUAGAUGAUUUUUUUUUUUUUUUUUUUUUUUUUUUUUUUUUUUUUUUUAUGUGACGCACAGAGUUAAAGACGAUGUUUAUUGGGUGAGCCGGAUUUUCCGGCAGUUGUCAAGCAACGAAAAAGGUUGCCGAGGAGGCGUAGCAUUAAUCAUGGCACAGGUAUGUGCGAGCGAGGACUCGGGGUCAAAAUCUUUCUUCCACUUCUGAAAGAACGAUGAUCCACAAUGGAACUCCUCGGAAUCCUCCUUGCUUGCGCUUACAUCUGAUCGAUCGAAGAAAGGAUCGUCCUGAAAAGUUACCGGCUCUUUUCUACUGCCCACCUCGGGGACCUAUUAAAUCUUGGACUCGAAUUCCGAAGGAUCUUGUUCUAAAAGAACCACCGACACGAUAUUUUUCGAGAGAAACGUUCGUGAAUAGCCGGGCCUCGGAUACGCGCCGCUUAAAUUUGUGUCAAAAUUUUUUUCAAUUUCCUAUUUUAGCCGCUGACACUAUGAAAACAGCGCUUUUUUCUUCUUCGUUCCUCCUCCAACGCUUGUCUCUAUCGACCGCGUUCGAUAUUUCCAAAAAUAUGGUCGACUCUUGCGCCUCGAAUUCACCUUGCGAUACGUUUGAAACUUUGUAAAUACACCAUCGACAAACUCGUCUUUUUUACGAUAAAUCAAACGUCGCGCAAUAUGGAAUUUCCUGAAUAUAGUUUGCGGUUCUACGAUCAGUCGACUGAUUUAGUUGACUAAUAAGUUCCAUGUUUCCGUCUUUUCUUUCUCUCUCUCUCUCUCUCUCUCCAUCUGCCUCUCUUUUCGUGGGAUCCCUUAGACAGGGGAAAAGGCAGAUAGAAGGAAAAGAUGAAGCGUAAGAAUCGGUAGUACUCAUAAGCCAGCCGGGAUAUAACAGGUAAAACAGGUUUGUGGGCGUCCUGAAACGUGGGCUACCUGCAUCGUUUCUCGGAGGGGUCCUUCUUCAAACUCGCCUGCCGAUUCUUGCGGAAGAAAACGGAAGAAAGGGGAGAAACGCGGCACCUAUGCACCUGUUCGUUAAGUAACGACGAUUAACGUCUCGAAACAGCCGCUCCGUGAUUUUAUCGUCGAGCAAACUAUGACGCGUAUACACGUGCAACAAGAAAUUUCAAUUUUUCUCUCGCUCGACGAACUUGCAGAGAGAAACGGAGAUUCGGAGAAAAGAUCGUUUCAAGUUUUAAGUAAGAAAACAACGAUGCAAAUUGAAAGCGAUCCGUUACGAUUAACAUUGCAAUGAAUGGGAAAAAAGUAGGCGAGUUGGACAACUAUAGAGCGAUAAAUCUUUUCAAAGGCCCAAACUGUCUUCGCCAUAAUUGCACGAUCGUUGGAUCUACCAUGAUUGAUUUAUCACUCGCGAUAUCACAGCGAAUGCUAUGACAAAUUAGAUUAAACGUAACGAAAAAAUGUCUACUGCGCGAACAACGUUUCACGGUUUUAUGUAAAAUUGUUUAUACGAUCGAACCUACGCUACGGGAUAGAACGUCGCUCGUUUCGUUAUCUAAUCGAUUACCGUUAUGCGAGGCAGUUUAUUACACAUGGACAAUGUGCAAGUUGCGACUCGUGAAAUUUCGCUAAUGACGUUAAUUCGUCGAUUAAUCAUCGUCGAUAAUAUCCUAAAGGUUAAUUAAAAAUUCGGAUAAUAAACAAAAGAGAGAUUACUCUUUUUAGAGGUCGUUGGGAUAUCGACUUGUUAUAUCUUAUCGGCUUAACAGAAUGAUUCGACGUGACUACUUUUCGUCGGAUUCGGUAAUCUAACAUUUCGUCGGGUCAACAGACACCUUUUCGGCCACGAAACUCGAAAAUUCCUUCGGUUACAGAAAAAUAAAUCGAAUGCCCUCUCGCCAGUUCGUUAACCCCCGGUCGGUCAUCGUUCGUGGUUCGGAUACGUUCGACCGUUUUUCCAGCCGUUUGACAAAUUCGCGCACUGUACAGAUACGUGGAUCGCGACAAAACGUUCGCACAGAUGUGCUUAAAAAAUUGAGCUUUUUCCCGAACCAGGAACGAUCGUCGGUUUUAUGCAACUCGGAAACUAUGAACUUUCUCUUAGGAGCGCGACGUUUUUGCAAUUGCAACGUCGGUCCUAAAUGUAAACGACGACGCGUCGUCGAAUCUAUCUACGACGAACGAAUAUGUUGAUUGUGCGAUUAAUAAUCUUUCUCCGCUAAUACAGCGAACGGAAGCUGUAAUUGGAAAAAGAGACAUUAGCAAUUUCGAUAUAGACGAUGCAAAUUUCGCGUAAUUCGAUGGAAAAUGAAAACGGGGAAAAGAAGGGAAAAGAAAGGAAAAGAAAGGAAAAGAAAGGAAAGACAGAUAAAUCGGUAUCGAUUAGAAAAAGCGGGGUUCGACCUCGGGGCGACGUCGGAGCUGGUGGCAAAAAGGUAGGUUCGCGUCGACAGUGAGGAUCGCGAUUACGAGGAAGCUACGAGGAAGUCGGUGAAGCCCCCUCCAACGUCCUAUGGUAUUUCCCACUCGAUUACAACGCUUCGAUUAUUUCCGUUCGCGCCGUAUAACCGGCCAUCUAUUCGUCCUCGUCGGACUCGAAGGGUCGCGCGUUCCGGUGGUCCAUUUGUCUCCGUUCGUCGAACGCGUUAUACGGCGCGGCAAGUCUGGCGCAUGCGCGCUAUCGUCAGUCUCUCAUGGCGCGCGCGAGAGGAGUGGGGUGUGUGGCGGCAAGCUUCCAGCGGAGAUCGCAACUUGCGGCUCAGUCGUUCGCCAGCUCCGACACUCUGUGAGUGGAUUUUGCCGCGUAGUCGUUGUCGCGCCUUCGAAACACUCGAGUCGUGUCCGAAGUGAAAGGAAAUUCGUUUCGCGUAUCCUCCUCGAAUUCGUCUACUGAUCGCCGUAGCGACCUGCGGUAGCCUUCUGUGGAGAGAAUAGGGUAAAAAGGACAGAAAGAAGGGAAGAGAAGAGAACGGCAGAGAGAGAGAGAGAGAGAGAGGGAGAGUGAUAUUCGAGUGGUGUCGACUGUGAUACACUUAGCCGCGUAGAUAGCUCUGUGAUAUACGCGUAUACACACAUGGAUAUUUCGAUAGCUCUGGACUUUUCUCGUACGGACACCGAAAACCGAUAUCCGUGUGCAGAUAUCUGCUGAACGUUUAAUCGUUGUCGAACGGGGAUCUCUGGUUGUGUGCGAGCAACACGGGGGAUCCGUACGAUUAGCGGGGAUAUUGGAAUGGGUGUAUAAAUAAAUACGUAGAAGGUGCGGAAGAAAGGAGAGGGAAAGAGGGACGGACGGACGGACGAACGGAGAGAGAUAGAGAAGAGCAGCGGAAGAAAAGAUACACGUGCGCGUGGUCGGUGUCUCGAGGAUACCUGUGGAUGCCAGGCUGUAGUCACGACGUAUUAGGGCGCGGAUUUCUGCCCGAUGACCGCCGAGGGGAUUCGCUUCGACUCGCUAACCGAUCUACACCAUUGAUAUUACGCCGCAUCGGACGGUUCAUCGGCUAAGCCGCGAUCGAGCCGAAAACCCUUCGAAUCGUGACAAAUGCUCCUUGGUAUAUCUCUAACCAGACGUUUCACGAACGUCUUAAGAUCCCAUCCAUCGAACACGUAAUUGGACUGGAUGCGGUAAAAUACGAAAAUCGAAAUACGAGUCAUGGAGAAGGAAUCCCCGUAUUAAGGUAUCAACGAGCCAGAAUGCAAGAGGAUGAUACUUUUGGCUGCUGCGCACGAUUCCAUCGACGAGAGCCUCGCGUUCCCGCCCCUUUUCAAUUCCAAGGAAAAUCGGUUAUCGUAUCAAGACGUUCCGGAAACAAUCGGCUCGAUACCGGCGUUCUCGUAAAAGGCGUUUGCGCCAGAUAAGCACCCAAACCUACGUAAACUCCCGUUUAAACGAUCAUGUACGCGGCGUUGCGAGGAAAUCUGUGUAAUCGGUGAUUUACGUGGCGCAUGUGCGAUAGAUCAUCGUGCAGUUGGAGCGUAACGAAAAUUAUAGAGGAGGGAUAAGAAGAUAGAGAGAGAAACGUGUUAUGAAAUUGUUGCCGUCGAUUCAGCUGCCGCAAUUGCCACCGGUCUCGGCCGGCGGUGGAAUGACGGGGAUGGACUCUCGACUACCACCGGGUAUAUCUCUGCCUUUUAGCCCGACAGAGCUGCUCUGGCGAUACGGACCUGCCAUGAAUUUUCCACCCACUCAUCCGCCACCGAGUCCCUUUCUCGAUUUCAAGACGCAUCUACCAGCUAGUUUGGCUUCGGAUCCACGGCUAUGGUCCCGCGAGGACGUGGCGACGUUCCUGCGAUGGGCCGAGCGAGAAUUCGACCUACCCCAAUUCGACAUGGACAUGUUCCAAAUGAACGGCAAGGCGCUCUGUCUGCUGACAAAGGCGGAUUUGGGAGAGAGGUGUCCAGGCGCUGGCGACGUGUUGCACAACGUGCUGUCGAUGCUGGCCAGAGACUUUAGCCAGCUUCAAAGAUGUCUUCCCAGCAGUCCAGUGACGCCCACGAGACCGUCCGCGUAUCCCCUCAGCCCCCAUUCGCAUCCUCCUACCCCGACCUGGACGGAGAACCCGUACACGGCGAAUCUGGCCUCGUUAAUGUCGGCGAAUUCGGUGACGCUGUCCCCGGCGCCCUCGGUCGACAGUCAAGCAGGUUCGCCGGGGCACACGGAAGGUACUCAGAGUCAGGUUUACAAAAGCGACUCGGACGAGGACAAUCAACAGGCGGCGAACGGAAGCCCACCGGCCACCCCGACCGCCCUCGCAGCGCAGAGGUUAAGCGAAGUUUGCGUCAAGGAUCAGCCCAGUCCGACGUUGACGCAACCGAUGAUGCCUCUGACGCCCGGUGCCUUCAGAACGAACCCUGCCAGCGCUGCGAGAGAGUUUUUCCCCAGCGACUCCCCGGAACCCAAUACGAAUGGUAGACUUUUGUGGGAUUUUCUGCAACAACUUUUGAACGAUCCCUCGCAACGGUAUACGCACUACAUUGCGUGGAAAAGUCGGGAAACGGGGGUAUUUAAAAUCGUUGACCCCCCUGGACUUGCGAGGCUCUGGGGCAUCCAGAAGAAUCAUCUUUCGAUGAAUUACGAUAAAAUGAGCAGAGCCCUCCGAUACUAUUACCGAGUGAACAUCUUGCGAAAGGUUCAAGGAGAACGACACUGUUACCAGUUUCUGCGAAAUCCAACGGAGCUGAAGAACAUAAAGAACAUAUCUCUGCUGCGUCAGCAAAUGCGGAUAAAGUCAGAGCCGGAAGAAGAAGGCGGAAGUGGCGUCGAGCCGGAAAUCGAUAUGCCGACGGACCUCUCCAUGUCUAGCAUGAGUCAGCCAUCCAGCGAGCAACAACAACAACAACAACAACAACAACAGCAGCAGCAGCAGCAGCAACAACAGCAGCAACAACCUCUGUCUCUUCACGAUCCACCCGCAAAGUAUAGAAGUCACGCGUACAAUCUCGUGAAAACUAAUCAAGAGUCUGAAGAGAAAAAGUGACGCGAGACGUAGCACCGACCCGACUGUGCGUUUUUAACGCCAACCGAGUCAACGGAUCUUGCACUAUAGAACGUACUCGUUACUUGAUCAGAGACAGUCGUGUUUCGCGAUGAUGCGAAAAAAUUGACGUACUUUCUGUUAAAUACGCGAGCUAUCUCGACAAAGUCGCUCUAGCCUUCGCUUUCGGAAUGACACACGCAUCUAGGGAUAUUCGUUGCCGUACAAAGAUUGCUAGGUCGUAAUUUUUCAGCCACUGUUCGAACAAGAAGAAGUUAGUUAGAAACUGGCAACCGACUUGCGAUCGAUGUUUACAGGGCUUACGAUGUUUACGACGAAAGACUGAUAAAUAAAAAUAUCGUGCGAGUUACCGCGUCAAGCGACGAAAAGAACGGUGUCCAAAGCAGCAACGACGUUGCCUCGGCCGUGAUUAGCUGAUCGUGACACGCCUCGAAUAGUAAACUGCAUCACGAUGCAUUUUAUUUCGACGUUGGCCGCAACUUCGAACAACGUCCAACCGAUUUUGAAUCGGGCUCGAGGAUGAGCAACGAACAAACAGCGGUCCAUCAAUUUCCACGCGUUUCAAAUAGAUAAUUGGCUGCGCGGAACCUUGUCGAGGCCGCCAGGAGCCAAUUGUCGUGCUACAAUUGUGGAGGACGCUUCAGUGAAGCUUGAACUUUUCGCGGAUAUUCCGCCAUCCGUUUUCCAUCCUUCGUGUGAACGCACGUGCGCGAGUGUGAAACGUUUCUCGCUUCUACAACGAACUACUUUAGAAAUGCUUAUAGAGCGUUAUCGACGAACGUACAAAACGGUGUUCGGGAAACGAUCCAGCUAUUUUAUUCCAAAGUUCUUCUGUGAUGUAAACUUUAACUUGAAAGUAAAUUUUCCCGGUAAAUAUGCUUUUAAGUGCGACUAGAGAUUGGAUUUAUCCAACGUUCUCUUAUUUCGAAGGGAUUUGAAAAGGAUAAGAGGAAUUGUUGCGAGCCAGAUCUUGAUAUUAGUUUAAAAUUAACGUAAUAUAGCUCAAAUCGUUUAAAGAGGAUCCAAUGUUACGCGGUCCGUUUUGUAAAUAACUAAAUCUGAGAAAAUUUCGAAACUAGUUUCCCGUUGCACCGACUCAGUUGUGCCAAUCUAAUCGUCGGUAAUUACGUACAUGUACGCGUUUAGUUUAGUGUGCUGUAUAAAAGGAAACAGAAAGGGAAAAUGACGCGAUCGCCGCUUCAAGUGGUCAAAACGAUGCUGAAGAUCGCUUGUAUCCCUACAUCUAUAAGUAGAUACUUGUACAUAAAUUGACGAGCUAUUGAGAGAAAACAAAACAAUAUAAUAAACUCUAUGAAAGCAGACAAAAAUGUGCGAGAGUUUUAAGGAAUUCGGGGCCAGAGUUAUAUAUAUACAUAUAUAUAUGAAUAUAAAUUUAUGUAUAAAUAAAUCUCUAUAUAUAUUAUAUAUAUAUAUAUAUAUUUUAGUACCGAAGAGAAAUUUAUAAUCGAAAUUUCUACGUUCGUUGUCGAUGCGAUUGUGACUCACAUUCCUCGCCAACGGAACCUAGACUUUAAACAAAAAAAGAAAAAAAAAAAAAAAGAAAAAGAGAAAAAAAGAAAAAGUAAAAAAGGUAUGUUGUAACUAGGGACCGAAGGCGUGUGUAUGGUUAGAAAGUGGUUUUAAGAUCGUAUUUUUUACAAAAGACUCACAUACAAACGGGACAGAAAGUAUGGAAAAGUUCUUACGAGUGAAUCAAUGUACGUUUACGUACGUGUGAAUGAGCGAGCGUGUGCAAGAAAGUAAGACAAGGAAAGACAAAUAAGUCUGCAAAUAUGAAAAGUGCAUUAGCAAGCAAGAGAUUUAUAUAACUGAAGAAAAAAAAAACCGUUGUAUUUCGCUAUUUGUAUACUGUGAUCUACGUGAAGUUUUUAUCAUAAAAAGAUGCAAAUGCAUAACAAACAAUCGUGUAUAUAAUUUUCAUGAGAGAACAAUUUAUAUUAAUGAUAAAUAUAUUGAAAUACACAUA